CUCUCGAACUAUGUUCUGACGCGAAUGGAUAAUAUGGGUAAAGGAAGUUGUUAGUUAUUUCCGCCAUAUGGAAAAUGAAUAACCAGGAUGUGGAGAGCUGAAUAAAUAUUGCUAUUUAUUGUCAUUGUUUUUUUACAACUGGCUGAGUCCGGUGUCAUGUUUUGUUAGCUUUAUUUUUGUUAAUUAAGUUUUUGUUUAAUUGUUUUUUUCCUAAAAAUGGUGGUCUCCACUAAUCCUGUUUACGAUGUGGUUUUUGUUGUGGAAGAUACGGCGAACUUAGCAGCUUACAUGGAAACACUCAAAGCCAACUACAUUUUGCCAACACUGAAAUAUUUUAAUGGUGGGCCACCUGAUUCCAUUGACUAUGGACAUGACUUCAGCUGUAGCCUGUAUGUUUUGGUAACAUAUAACAGUGGUGAUUCAAUGUCAUCGCUAUCUGCUAACUGUACCAGACCUACAACUAGUAUACAUGAAUUUACAACAUGGCUCGAUGGAACUGAGUUUUUAGGCGGAGCUGGUCAGAGUAGUAGCCUGUUAGCGGAAGGUUUGAGUACAGCCUUGCAAGUAUUUGAUGAUAUUAAAACCCGAAGACAUGAAAGCAUUAUCAGUCAGAAACAUUGUAUUUUAUUGUGUAACUCUCCUCCAUACCAUCUUCCGAGUCAAGAAAGUUUUAAUUAUUCUGGUUUAUAUAGUAAUCAGAUAGCGGCAAUGAUGGCAAAGAGAGGCAUCAACCUGUCAAUCAUCUCACCUAGAAAAAUCCCAGCCUUACAGGAACUGUUCGAAGAGGCGUCAUCCCCAGAUCUGGCCUAUUUACCCCAUAAAGACUAUACGAUAGAUCCUAGGCAUAUGGUUUUAUUGCAUGGAUAUCAACUCGAAGAACGAUCUCACAGUCCAAGUUUAGAGGAUGAAAAGCAGACGUCUGAAUUUAUCAAAUUAAACAUAGGUAGUCAAGGCCCUAACAGUGUUAGUUCUACAGGAUUUAAUGUAGAUGGUGGCUUUAAGGUGCCAAGUACAGCUCUAUCGUCACAAAUGAUUUCUACCAGCCAACAGCCAUCCCCUCAACAAGCUCAAUUAUCUCCCCUUAACAUCCAGAAUCAGCCAUCACCCGUUAUGGUACAACAAGUACAACCUCAACAACCGCAGAAGAAAGAUCCGCCACCUAAUGUGAUGUUAGCUGGUCAAAGAACGAAUAUCUCACAGCAGAGCAACAUAGCUCAGAUGCGACAGCAGCAGCAACAACAACAGCAACAGCAACAAAAUAUUGCCACAUCGCAACAAAAUGCUGUUUCACAACAAUUAGUAACAUCACAACCAAAUAUGGUGUCUGUCUCCUCUAAUAACCAGACCAUGAAUCCAAUGAUGAACGCCCCCAAUCUAUCACAAGGCAUGAAUAUCCAGUCUUCUAAUGCUAGUAUUAUGGCGUCUCAACCUUCGUUAUCCUUGCCUUCAAGUCAGCCAGGAAUGGUAAUGAACCAGGCUCAACAGCAACAGCAGCAACAACAACAACAACAACAGUUUAAUAUGAAUACAAUGACUGGUCCCUCAUCAGCCCCUAAUACCAUGCCUGUAUUCAACAACCCUAACGAUCUGGCCAACCAGCAACAGAUGUCUCAACAACAACAACCUGGUCAACAACAGGUGAACAAACGAAUGAUCUGGAAAGGGGUAUUAGAAUAUCAGGAAAAACCACAGAAAAUCUCACGAUCUUUGUCCUGCUACGUGACGCUUGGACCAACAGAUGCUGAUGUGAAUGCCAAUAAUUGGCCGAGUAAACUAUUGAUGCAGUUGCUACCACAAAAUAUGUUGUCGGAAUUAACGGGGCUGUUUCGUAAUUCACGUCAAGUAUCGUUCAACUUUAGUCCUAACGAUAUGGAAAUACUUCGAUCUCUUUAUAAAAUCAUGGGAAAUGGAUUUGCUGGUUGCGUUCAUUUUCCCAGUACUAGUCAAUGUGACGUCCGUGUUUUAUUACUUCUGUUCAGCAGUAAAAAGAAAGCGUUUAUUGGUUUGAUACCAAAUGAUCAAGUAGCUUUCGUACAAGGCAUCCGAACAGUCCUCAGUAAACAUAAAGAAAGGUCUCAAGUACGACAAGCUAUGAUGUCACAAUCUAUGUCCGUACAACAGUCGUUAUCUACACCACCGCAGAUGCAGCAACAACAGACCGGUGGAGUGGGUAAUAUUGUACCUGGACCCAGUAAUACUAUGACAUCAUCCACAUCUACUAUCCCCAUGAUACCUGGACAGAUGCAGAAUCAGAUCCCGAGUACGAUGACAACUAUGCCGUCGACAACUCAAGGUAGUCAGAUGGGACCACAGAUACCAACAAACCCCAUUCAGCAACAACAACAACAACAGUUGCUAGGGUUACAACAACAAGCUGUUGCUGCUGCUCAACAAAUGGGUGGAUCUCAACAACAAGCAGUUGAUAACUCUAGUGUGGCAUUGUUGCAACAGAAAAUACAGGCCUUACAACAAGAAUUACAGGGUGCUAAGCAAAAGGAAAUGCAGAAGGAACAACAAGCUAAGAUGGCUGCCCGACAACAACAACAACAACAGCAGCAAAUGAUAGCCCACCGUCAGCAGGUACAGCAACAGCAGCAGUUACAACAGAGACAGUUACAGUUACAACAACAGCAACAGGUACCCAAUCAACAACAGUUACGACAUUUACUGCUGAAUCAACAACACAUUCGUCAACAACAACAGCAACAACAGUUAAUGAUGCAACGAGGGACGGCACCACAACAACAAAUACCGCCAGAUGGCCAACAGAACAUGCCCAUGCAGCAACAACCAAACCAGAACUUCAUAUCAGAUUUUAACCUUCCAGACAACUUCUAGAUCAUUUCACGAUAUCAUCCUGUCAUGCUUGUAAAUACACAUUUGUUUUCACUCUAUGAUAAUUUUGGACCCUUGAUGUCUCUUGCCUUAAUGGUCCAUCUUUCAUACUGAAAGCGACGAAAUGCCCAGAUUUCACCUUAUACUCUUUAUUUACUUAACAACGUAAAUCAUGCAAACUUUUCCCUAAAUUUGCUCAGGUUAUUCUGGGCCCAUGAUAUCUCCUGCCUUCCAGCCACAAUGUAGGGAGGCCAAUCUGAUUAAAACACAGAUCCUAUUUCGUUUCGUUUUUUAUAGUUCAAAAUUUCGUUUUACUUGUCUUUACUACACUAGGAUCUGGAAGUGUUGUUAUCAUUGACGUGUUCUGGAUGGUGUAAGGAAUUAACCAAUGAAACAGUCUGAUACGGCAAGCUUUUGACAUGUUUUGUACGGAACUGUGGGUAAUCCACUAGUAACUUCAAUGCUGAUUGGUUAAUCAAAUGUCUGGCGUCAUAGGUCAAAAGCCGCUCGUAUGACCCGUGACGUGACCUAUCGCUAUAACUUGUCAGAUCUUCGUGUAGUGUAGCCCAUCGAAAGUAUAAAAAAACGAAACGAAAUAUAGAUCUGUAUUGUAAUCAGAUAGGUAGGGAGGUCUUUCACUAUGAAAAUGAUCUGCCUUACGACCAGAAUCUAAGGAGGUCAACUUUUAUAGGGAAAUUAUUUAUUAUCAAGAUGUUCAGAAACUUUUUUUCUUGACGAUCUUAUGAAAUUAUUGAUCUACAUUUUGUAAUCAAUUUUGUUUUAUAUUUAUACAUAUUUUAAGUAAUAUUUUGGUAUCACAAUCUUGAAUUUUCUCGUAAAAUACGAAAUUAAAAUUUU